UAUUACGUGCAACCCACGUAUAGAAACCAAAGAAGAUGUGGAAGAAGUUUACAGAGUACAGAGCCAAGACCGGUGGCCGAAUUUUAUUCCUCAAAGUUUUCUUCUUUUCAAGUAUUAGAUAAUUUUACCGUUGCCUUUCUCCCGCCGAUAUCUCCAACAAAAUCUCCCGCCGAUGCUGGCAUCUCUCGCCGUCCCAAAUCUUCAUGCCCAAAUCCAUCACUGUUUUCUUCCCUUGGUGCUUCUUCCAUCAUUCCCACCCAAAGGAACAGAUAGAAGAGCUGUUCGGAAGAGUUCCCACAAAAAUUUCCUCAAAACCGCAUCCAAAAAUGCCUCCAUUCCCUUACAAAUUGAAGCAAUCUGUAGUCGUGAAUGCUCGGUUAAAGACCCAAGUCCUAAUUCAUCCGAAUGCUUCCCGGUUUCAAAAUUGGAUCCCAAAACGCUGUCUUCGCUCCUUACGUCUUGUUCUCAUUUGACAGAAGUUAGAUGUCUGCACGCGGUUGCGGUCAGGUGGUUUGAUAGCUCUGUAACUUUUGUUAUCAACAAUCUGAUCAGUGCCUACGUGAGGUUCCACGAGUUGAUUCAUGCGAGGAAGUUGUUUGAUAGAAUGCCUGAACGAAAUGUUGUUUCAUGGACCGCAAUGCUUAAUGGGUAUCUCAAAGCAGGUCUAGAUGAUGAAGUUCUGAGACUGUUCAAGGAGAUGGUUGAGAACCAUGUCGAGGCUAACAGUUGGACGUUUGUAUGUCUAUUGAAGUCGUGUGGUAAUAGAACGGAUUAUGAGCUUGGGACACAAAUUCAUGCUAGUGUUGUAAAAGGGAAUUGGAGCAAUUUGAUAGUGGAUAGUGCUCUCGUGUACUUCUAUGCCCAAUGUGGCGACCUUCUUGGUGCAUCUAGAAUGUUCGAUAGGAUGCCUAGUUGGGAUGUCGUUAGCUGGACUUUGAUGAUCACAGCUUAUUCUCAGCAUGGGCAUGCAGAAGGGGCCUUUUCAAUGUUCUCGCAGAUGCAGUACUAUGGGUUUCACCCAAAUGAAUUCACUGUUUGUAGUGUUCUGAAGGCUUGCGGCGAAGUGAAAGCUUUGAGAUUUGGGAAGCAGUUGCAUGGUGCUGUAGUCAAAGGCAUGUUCAAAGAAGAUGUAUAUGUGGGAAGUUCCCUAGUGACUAUGUAUGUCAGAUGCGGUGAGGUUGAUGAUGCUCAGAUAAUCUUUGAUUUGAUGCCCAAGAGAAACACAAUUACAUGGACCUCCAUGAUUUCAGGUUACUCACAAAGUGGUCUCGGUAAGGAGGCCAUUUUGUUGUUCCAAAUAAUGAAGGAGCGCCAUGUAUUUGCUAAUAAUUUCACCAUUGUUAGUGUUCUCAGUGCUUGUGGUUCUAUUGGAUCUUUGUACCUUGGAAAAGAAGUUCAUGGACAGAUAAUAAAGAGUUAUAUGCAGGAAAAUGUUCAUAUUGGAAGCACGCUCAUUUGGUUCUACUGUAAAUGUGGAGAGUAUGCUUAUGCUGCAAGAGUUCUAGAAACUAUGCCUGCAAGAGAUGUUAUCUCAUGGACUGCUAUAAUUUCAGGCUAUAGUAGCCUGGGACAUGGUUCAGAGGCACUUGGAUUCUUGAAUGAUAUGUUAUGGGAAGGUUUGGAGCCAAAUCCAUUCACUUAUUCUUCAGCUCUGAAAGCUUGCGCUAAGAUGGAAGCUAUGAGGCAUGGACAAUUGAUUCAUGCUUCUGUUAAUAAGACUAGAGCUCUUUCAAAUGUUUUUGUUGGCAGUGCACUCAUUGAUAUGUACAUGAGGUGUGGCUGCACUGCAGAUGCACUAAGAGUUUUUGAUACCAUGCCAGAACGCAAUUUGGUUUCCUGGAAGUCAAUGAUCAUAGGAUAUGCAAAAAAUGGGCUCUGCAGAGAGGCUUUGAGGCUCAUGUAUCGAAUGCAGGAAGAAGGAUUAUAUGUCGAUGACUUUGUUCAUGCAACUGUUCUCAGUGCAUGCGGAGAUAUCCAGUGGGAAUCAGAGUGUUCUGCCCCUUGUUGUUCUCUGUCAAACUGAUUGCAGUCAAGAGUGUUGUUGGAUGUAGGGCAACAGUGAAUGCAAUGGUGGACUUAUUCUCCAAGUCAGUGAGGCACUCUUACUUAUGUUCUGUAGUAUGACCGUUCAUUUGCAGGAUUAUAGAACAACUCAGGAUGCAGACACAGUUUAUCAGCAACAAAGCAGCAUGGGGACAGAUUUUCAGCAAAGAAUGCAUUCAACAUCUUCUGAAGGGGAAGGGGUCUGCUGGCUCGUUGGUUGUGCAAGCGGGGGCAAAGAAGAGAUUAAAAUACCUUGUAUCAUGGGAGAGAAUGUAACUAACCCUGCAAGCUGGGUUUCAUCACAAAAGUUAUUGUUGCCACAAGCAAUUGAAUUUUAAGUCUGAACAUGCCCAAAAUUAAGGAUAGAGAAUGGAAAUUGUCAGUU